AUGUCUACUUUGAGGAACAAUUUAGUUUGUCAGUGCUAUUUGACAAAUAAUUACUACAUCGAAAUUAAAGGCCAGAGUUACCACAUUACAUAUCUGGAUGAAGUUCAUUUGAGAGAAGUCACACUUUCUAAACUCUCCUUAAACUUGACAGAAGAAGAGAUAAAACAAAUUUUAAAUGAGUUAGAUACUGAGAAAAAUAGAAGGUUGAAAGUGUUUUGCUCAUCUCAGGAACGCAAACAAAUGAUUCUUGACAAAUACGUCCCAAAACUCAUUCAUGUCUACACAUUUAAGGAAUCAUAUUUGGAUAAAAAAUUCCUGAAGCUAGUGUCUUUAUGUAAGGAUCCUACUGCAUCAAAUGAAGAUGUUUUCAAGUCUGUGGAAGUCAUCAGAGGAACUAAAGACAUGUACAGGAUUCCAGUAUUCACUCAAGAAUUCUGCACUGAUUUGUUAAAUGAACUAGAGAACUUUAAACUUUCUGACAUGCCCAAGGGAAGACCCAAUUCUAUGAAUCACUAUGGGAUACUGUUGGAUGAAGUAGGCUUCUAUGAAAAUCUCAUCAAUCCACUUCGAGAGAGUUAUCUUGAUCCUGUUUCAUCCAGAUUGUUUUUUGACUAUUUGAAAAUACCUGACAAAAACUCCAUUGAUGAACAAGAAUCAAAGGAUGAAGUCACUAAUUCUGUUAAGCACCAUAAGUAUUAUAGCCUAGAUAGUCAAAAGGCAUUCAUUGUAAAUUAUAAAGUAGGAGAGGAUGUUGAUCUAGCUCCUCAUUAUGACAAUUCUGAAAUCACUUUCAACAUCUCAUUGGAUGGAAACGUUACAACAGCAGCAACAAAAAAUAAAAAUAACGAGGAAAUUGACAUUGCAUUAUCAAAUUUUGAAAAUGGCGAGGUGUAUUUUGAAUUGAAGGUUGGUGAAACAGCAUUGAGGUACAUAUCGCUAGCACACGUGAAAGGUUCUGCAAUAGUCCACAGAGGUUCCUUGAUACACGGAGCCCAUCCCAUAACGAGGGGAAAUCGAUCCAACAUGGUCAUCUGGGCAAGAUGUUCCAAGAUAAGAAACCAAAAAUGUCCCAUGUGCAAAAGUAUGCCUAGGUUGAAAGAAAUUCCAGGCAUAGGUGACGGGUUCUCUAUCUAA